CUGUCACCACUGUCACCACCCACUGUCACUUUUUCGCUUCUCGGCGCAGGGCCCCAUGUACGUAAUCAGGCCGGUGCGCAGCCACCUUCCACUCGCUCUCGCCGCCGUUCGCUCCCCGACCAACGUGAACCGGCAGCGCCCAUUCCACCACCACCACCACUACCACCACGACCAACACCGCUACACCACCACUACGGCCAUAGCGACCACGAGAGCACAAUCAUCUCCGACCAAGCCGCCCGUCCAGGCCAAAACCUUCUCCCGCCGCUUCCACGACAUCGCCGCGCGUUCCGCCAGACCUUCUAAGCCCGCCGAACCGUCUCCUCUCCCGCCUCAUCUCCCAAAGGUAGUCGCUCAGUCACCCCACGAACGCCGCAACCUCCAACCACCAACCUCCCCCCAAACCGUCUUGUGCGGGUCGACAUCUCGCCGCAAACCACCACACUUCCUUCUCUCCACCCGCUUCCGUCCCGCCGUUCUCGGUCGCAACAGAAUCACUGUCAAUCUAGAUUGGGCAUCUUGUGACUCUCCGAGCUUGCUUCCCCUUCCCCUCCUCCAUACGACACUCUCUCCGCCCAACGCCGCCAUACGUUGCGCGUCAUAUUCGCCGCUGCAUUAGCGUCAUCUUGAGUCGCAGAAUCAACCUCCAUCUCCUCUGCAAAUCGUCGACCCCUCCGACGACUGUUCGCGCUGCUGCCGACUUGUUGGCGCUCAGGACGCACCCUCCCCUUAAGCUUGGCCCUUUUGCCAGCUACCGUAUCCCACCCUCCCCAGCCGCACACACAAAUCGCCCACCAUGUCGAAGGUAAUGCGAAGCGUCAAAAAUGUGACCAAAGGGUACUCCAGUGCCCAGGUCAAGGUCCGAGAAGGUUGG